UAAUUUUUUCAUUUUGGAAUUUAUUGGGAUAAUUGAGUCUUUUAGAGAUCGGAAUUUUGAAAAAACCGGGACCGGGUUCGGGAAACGCGUUCUGAAAUUUGACCGGGAGGGACCCGGACCGGAAUACAUUAUUCUGUUCAUUUUUCAGCUGUUUAAAGACAAUUUAUUCUUACGUACUUAAAUAAUCUAAAAACUCUUAAACAUUUUUUUAAAUUUUCUAGUAUUUUAUUUAUUUAAAUUUUCUUUCAAAAAAUGCUUUAUUCUUUGUCUUCUGAAACUAAGCUUGACAUUUUUAAAUGUCUCAGCUAUCAACAAUUAUUGGCAUUCAAACAAACAAAUGUUUAUCUGCGUGACUUUGUUAAUAAAUAUGAGGGGGAACUUGCUAAGGAGAAGUUUACUAUGAUUUGUCUUGGUGAUAUUGGUGGAUUCAAUGGAAUUCCUCGUAAAUUGAUUAACACAAAGGCUAAAGAUUUUGACUUUCCAAUGACCAAGGAAAUUGAAGAGAAGAGUGAUCAGAUCAGGUCAGUCCAAUUAUGA